UGACUGAAUUGCUUUCCAGUACCAGGGCAUUUAGUUAAGCAGAUUGUGUUUCUUUACACCCCUGCGAUGAUCUCUCUUGACGGCGUUUGGUGACAAGUGGCUUGGGGACGGCAGCAUCACACAAACAGAGACAUGAACAUGCAUAUAAACCACAUCAUAACGAGAUGGGAUACAGCAUUACCGGGAUCAUGAGCUGUGCUGCUGAAUGAAGAAUUGGUAACACUGGGCUAGUGAAACCUCCAUCCUCCAUCCACUAACCAUGAGAAGUGCAGAGGAAAUGCACGGAUGGACAGUAAAAAUGAGCAUGCCGAGUGUUUUGGCCAUGGUUACGGUCUUUUCUAUGUUUCCUGGCGGGGUGCUGAGCGAUAUGAGAGGUACUCAGGGUUUGGAAGCCCAACAAUUGGCCCAAGGGUCCACUCAUCUGCACCGUCGCCUGAAGAGAGGCUGGAUCUGGAAACAGCUGUUUGUCCCGGAGGAAGAUCCCACUCCUCGCGUUAUUGGCCAGCUCAAAUCCGACUAUGACCGAGGUGAGUUUUCCAUCAAGUACAUAUUAUCAGGAGAAGGAGCUGGAGAUUUGUUUGAGAUAGAUGAGUAUUCAGGUGAGAUCCGGACACUGAAGAAGCUUGAUCGAGAGGAAAAGGCCUUCUACGUCCUUCAAGCUCAGGCUAUCAACAGGAGGACCAAUGAACCAGAGGAACCCCAGUCCGAGUUCAUCAUCAAGGUGCAGGACAUCAAUGACAAUGUCCCGCAGUUCCAGAACGAACCAUAUGUGUCCAGCAUCCCUGAGAUGUGUCCAAUCGGGACCACAGUGGCCCAGGUGACAGCCACAGAUGCUGACGAUCCCAUGUUCGGAAACAACGCCAAGCUCAUCUACUCCAUCCUGCAGGGGGAGCCCUACUUCUCUGUGGAGCCAAAGACGGGGAUCAUUGUAACAUCUUGGCCAAACAUGGACCGAGAGGCCAGAGAGCAGUACCUGGUGGUGGUGCAGGUGAAGGAUAUGCUGGGCCUCAGCGGCGGUUACUCCUCCUCCACCACCGUCACCGUCAGCCUGACUGAUGUGAACGACAAUGGGCCCACAUUCCAACACCACCUGUACACCUUUGCCGUGCCUGAAAAUGCAGCUGUAGGCACCACAGUGGGCAGAAUUAUGGCACAGGAUGGAGACAUUGGUGUCAAUGCCAGGAUGAGCUACAAUCUGGAGGAUGACCUGGAGGAAAGCGCCACGUUUCUCAUCAAAACAGACCCAGUGACGCAGGAGGGAGUGGUUGUGCUCGCCAAGCCUUUGGACUUUGAAACUAAAAGACGUUUUGUCAUGGCCGCAGAGGCAGUCAACGAUCAGGUGGACCUUCGUUUUCUGACUCUGGAUGAGUUCAGGGACAGGACGACACUCAAGAUUGUUGUGAAGGACGUGGAUGAGCCACCUGUCUUCCUCUCAGCGCUCUACGAGUGGAAAGUUCCUGAAAAUGCAGCUGUGGGAACCGUGGUUGGCAGCGUUAGUGCCAGAGACACUGACACAGUCAACAGUCCCAUCAGAUAUUCAAUUGACAAAAGGAGUGAUAACUCAAAAGCUUUCAAAAUAGACCCAAACAAUGGAACUAUGACUGUCGCUAGAGCUUUGGAUCGAGAGACUGCAAACUGGCACAAUGUGACUGUUGAAGCCAGGGAAACAACACAGACCCAUUUAUCCUCCUCUGUGGUGGUGUUCAUCAAAGUGCUGGACAUAAACGACAAUGUGCCAAGGCUUGCAAGAGAUUACCAGCCAUAUAUCUGUGAGGGAACACAGGCGGGAGAACUCAUUCAGCUGCUCAGUGCUGUUGAUCCAGACGACCCCAUGGAGGGACACCACUUCUAUUUCUCUAUGGUCUCCGAGAAGCACAUCAAUCCAAACUUCACUAUCAGAGACAAUCAAGACAAUACAGCCGGCAUAGUGGCACGUAGGAGUACGUUUACCCGCAAGGAUCGAACCCAGUACUUCCUGCCUGUUGUGGUGACAGACAGCGGCUCUCCAGCUCUCUCCAGCACCAGCACUCUGACCAUCAGUGUGUGCAGCUGCAAGCCUGCCGGACAUUGUCCCACAGGAGGGGUGGAGGCCCUCGCCCUGUCUAUAGGGGUCAGCCUGCAAACCUUGUUAGGGUUUCUGGUCUGCCUUGUAACGCUCACAGUGCUGUCAGUUCUAAUGCUGAUGCUGAGGAGGCACAGGCGGAAGCAGCAGGAGGGACUGGAGGUGGAGGUAAAAGAGCUGGAGCUGCCUGAGACGGUGUCGCAGAAGGUGCUGUAUUACGGAGAAUCUGGGGGUGGGAGAGCAGACCUAGACUUCUGCCAGCCUGCCGUCCCACUGCGCCACCACCCCAGGAGGAGGGAGAGGAAGCUGCGGAGGGAGGACGUCAGGGCCAGUAUAAGGAUGUCCCUCAGAGAGUCCCACCUCAUCGGGCCGGAUGAUGAGGUCUUUAGGCAGUUUAUUCUGGACAGGCUGGCAGAGGCAGAUGAGGAUCCUUACGUUCCCCCAUUUGACUGCCUAAGAACCUAUGCAUAUGAGGGGUCGGGGUCUCCUACAGGGUCCCUGAGCUCACUGGAGUCAAUCACUUUGGAGCAACCUGUUUGUAAUCCCAGACCUUACGUGGUUAGACUCACCCCUUGGUAUGGGGGAGGAGAGGAAGACACCACCUUCUGAGGGGCUCUUCUUCUUCUCCUUUUUAAAUGGCUGUUUUUCCAAUGUUUGCAUGAUGAACCAGUUCAGUGUAUUUCCAGUGGAUACUUCUCAAUGACAUCAAGAUGGAAAACAAAUGUUUAUGGAAAGGUUCAACAUUUAGAAAAUACACUUAAUCCCCCUUCUGCCCAGAGUUAGAUGAGAUGAUUGAUAGCACUCUCAUGCUUGUACAGAAAACAUAAAGCUACAGCAGCCUGUUAGCUUAGUUGAGCUUGACAUAAAGACUGGGAACAGGGUACAACAGCAAGCCUGACUCUUUUUUUAGACACUUUAGAGGUGCCAGUAGGCCGAUUUUCUUAUUUCCUUCUUUCUAGCUGUUUCCCCUAACUAGCUCGCGUGGUUCAUAUUUAGCAUACAGACAUGAGAGUGGUGUGAGUUUUCUCAUGUUACUAUCCGUGAGAAAGCAAAAAUCAUUUCACAACAUGUCAAACUAAAAUCAACCCUUUUAUAAUUUCACAUCUUGGGUAUAUCUGGGCUCAUUUGUGUUUGCUGUAUUUUCUUUUUUUCUCUGUGUAUGUGACCCAAUCGCCAGAAAAAAUGUUGGCAUGGUAUGUUUCUGCAAACCAUGGAUACGUCACAUUUUGACACAACAAUGUAGCGGAUACAUUGCAAUUUUAUGUUUCAAUAAAAAGAAAAUACCCAAUUUAGGGGCACAGUACCGCCUGCAAAUGCAGUGACGUCUCUGUAAAAAACAUCCGCUCUGUGUGGCACUAUCCAAGUUGAAACACAACAGUGGGUCACCUAAAAAAGAACUUGUUUUGUUGUUUGGUGGUCCCAAACAGUGAUCUACACUGCAGCUGGGCAGGUGUCUUGCUUAGAUGACAUGCCAUCCACAGUUCCCUCUAACCUCUGAUGACAAAGUCAGCUCAUAAACUACAUUACUUGAGAAAUGUUGAUAUUAUUGGUGUGAAAUAUAGAAAUAUAAUGCACCCGUGGCUUCCAGAAACAUACAAUGCCAACAUUUUCCUCUGGCGACUGGGCUGGUGUAUAACUCUUCAAACAUGGAUCACCUUCAUGUUAUAGCGUCAAAGACAUUGAGAGCAGUUACGACUCUGUGUGUGUCUAACACGAAUGGAAAUGUUAGACCUUGUCUCAGUGGCUUAAACUCAAAGGGCAGAGGGUUUCUGUUAGAUAUUUAUAAGGCUGCUCUGACCAGAAAAAUCUAAACCAUUGGCCAUUUGUAUGAAUGCUAAAAAACAAACUUCUGUUUUUCCUGACAAGCAGCCUCUUGUGGUUGUGCAAAUAACGAUGCUCCUUUUUGAGAAGUAAAGGUGAGAUUAACAUUUAAACAUGUUGCGUGUACAAAGAAUGUGACUCAAACUCCAGAAACUGCAGUUUGAAUCCUUUCUUCUACUUAAAGUCAAAGUUUGUUUGGUUCAACUUCACCCGUGGCCCCUCCCUAACCUUGAAGCUGCAUUCAUUUAUUGGAGCAAGCUGAAGACACACUGUUAUCUGAAAAAUAAAGUUGUUAUGGCGAACGCAUUGGUGAACAUUUUUACACAUCCAGUGGACAUAAGAAUUGAAUGUAGUCAUAGUCCAAUAUUCGCUCAUCUUCUAUCUCCAUUCUUGUUUCCACCAACCCCUGAAAAAAGUUAUAUGGCUUCGUAGCUGGUAGCUGUGGCGCUAUAUUUAGCUGUAGGCUUUGUCUGUUGUGUUGUGCUGGGCAGGUAGCACACAAUGGGUUUACUCAGUAGGUAAUUUGUUCAUUUUUAAGAGGGGAGGACUGACCCGGUUCGUUUUGUUCAUUUGAUUGGCUGGGUAGCAUCACAUGAGAUGAUUUAAUACGCCCUUAGAAUGGGAACACUCCGUCAAUAAUUCUCAAUAAAUUAUUGGUUAUAUGGGUCCGUACCUGGAGUAUGGAGCAAGAUGGCAGUUUAAUAAGGGGGAAGCAUUUUGGUCAUUUCUCUAACAAAGGGAUAGCGUUCCCCUCGUUCUACUGGGGGUUUUUUUGUUGCUGAAAACAGCUGCCUGCUGCAGCUGGAAAAUAAGCUGUUGUCUUUGCUGGCUGGAAAACCAAAACAAAUGCUUUAAGAUGAGGGGAAAUGCAAAUUUGAUGACAAGUCUUUGUUGGUUCAUCACUACAAGCAACCCCUCAACAUUGCACAUCAAUCUGUUUCCUUUCCCAGAUUGUCAAAUACAAAUGCUUUGUCACACCCUUGGGCGUCUCAUUGCGAGGCACAGGACACCCUUUAGCAUAUCUAUGUGAUGCACAGCUGAAACACAUUGUAACAUGUGAUUAAUGUUGUGAAACGGUCACGGCUAGGUUUAGACAAUGGAACUACUUGGUUAGGCUUGGUGAAAAGAUCAUGUUUUGGGUUAAAAUAAGUACAUUUGUUAAAUAAUGUAAUGAGAUAAAAAUAAAUCGUGUGACUGACCUCAGUGCUUCACGACCCUAAGUAAAUUACAUGAUGUUACAUUUGAACAGCAGUGACUUUUGGUUUCAUGAGGGACACAAACUGCUGUCUCCUGGAUGAAAGUCUGGCUUUAUUUGACUCUUCCAUGUAACCCUCCUACUGCCCUAUGUGGACUUUCUUGCUCCUAAUACUAUUCUAGUCGCUCUCAGCGUCAAGUAUUGUAGCAAAUGGGUUUACACUGGAGUCAGUUGAUAGCCUGGUGUGUCUCAUUAAGACGCUAAAGGCUGCCUUUAGCAUCAAUAUCACACAUUAAGGGGUGUGACAAAGGGUUGGUAUUGGACCUGGGAAUGAGAACAGGCAGCUGGGUCUGAACCCCAAGGGAUGGAGAGAGAUGGCAAUUUGACAAGGCGGGUGCAUUUUGGUCAUUUUGCUAAUAAGAGGGAGUGUUGGCCUUCCUCGUUCCCUCUCAAAUCGCCUACUGGGUCCAGUAGAAUUUUUGCUGAAAACAGCUUCCUGCUGCAGCUGGAAAAUAGGCUGUUGAGGGCAGUCUGUUGGCUGGAAAACCAAAACAAUGACUUUAAAGAUGAGGGGAAAUGGAAAUCUGGUGACAGCUCUGUUGGUUCAUCAGUACAAGCGACCCAAUCCAACAUUGCACAUGGUCAUUUGAUCCAUUGUUACUGUUAAGUGCCUCAAUUUAACCAAACUUUAAUUCAAAAAGGUGGCAGAUCAGAAAUUAUACGAUUAAUUUAUGAAUCUGUCACAUGGGUGGAUUUUUAUGGGCAUUGACAAACAACCUGUUUUGUUGUUAAGGUACUGUGCAACAAUGUAAAGCGUGGCCUAUAAUGUGAUCCAGCCAUAAGACAGGUUACUGUAUGCAAACCUUGACUGUCUCUUGACUGUAUGAUCUCUUGCUUUCUUUUAUUUACAGCAGUGCACUUUGGCAGAUGUUUGUAACUCACAAUCUUAAGCAGAAAAGCAUCUUGGGAGAGGGGGGGAAUGGGUACAUCAGAAAGGUAAAGCACACCAUUAAAAGAUAAAUGCACUGAUGUAAUGUGCAGGGUGAGAGUAUGCAAGGGGAGUCUCUUAAAGAGGGCACCAAUGUGAUUCAUGCUUUUUUUAUUACAGCGUGACAUUAUUACCCUCAUUCUUUAAUACCCACAGUAUUACUGACCUGUUAAAUUUACAUUUCUGAUACUACCGUAUUUGUAAUAUUAUUCACUUCUUAUCAUGUUUUAUGUAACAGUUUUCACUGUACAGUAUUUGUAUUUUACAUUAUGAAAUCAUAUAAAUUAAUGUAUACUUCCCUUGGGUUUAUGUAUGGCAACAUUAUUUUCUAAAUAGAGAUUUUGUUUCCUGGUUAGCCUGUUUCUCACAGAAGUGAAUUUCACUUACAGAAGAGUAUCCAUUAAAUAUGAACUG